UGGAGCGGGUCGGGCGGGCGGCACCGGGCCGGGGGGCCACGGAGGAGGCCGCACGAGGGAAAAGCGGAUCUCGCCCUCACCUAGGGGUGGGUCGGCCCGGAGGGGCUCCUCGCCCGGGCGGUAGCCCCGGCAGUGAUUUCAGCUCUUUUAGAAUUUGUCCAGCAGGUUUCCCGCGCUCGCGGGAAGCCGCUCCCACAGGCCGGUGCAAUGGCAGAACGGGGCGGGGAGGCGCAGGCGCGCUCGGGGCGGGCCGGGCUGCGGCCGCUGCUGUUCGCUCUGGCACCGGAGCCGCGGCCGCCCCGCCGCGCCCCAUGGCGGCCUCCGCGCAGCCCUCGGUGCCGCCGGCGCUGAGCGCGGAGCAGGCGAAGGCGGUGCUGGCGGAGGUGAUCAAGGCGUUCGGGGCGCCCGAGAACGCGCAGCGCAUGGAGGAGGCUCGGGACAACGCCUGCAACGACAUGGGCAAGAUGCUGCAGUUCCUCCUGCCCGUGGCCACCCAGAUCCAGCAGGACGUGAUCAAGGCCUACGGGUUCAGCAGCGACGGCGAAGGCGUCCUGAAGUUCGCCCGGCUGAUCAAGUCCUACGAGUCUCAGGACCCGGAGAUCGCCAGCAUGUCCGGCAAGCUCAAGGCCAUGUUCCUGCCGCCCAUGACGCUGCCGCCGCACGGGGCCGGCACUGGCGGAGUUGCUGCCUCCUGAGCCCGCGGAGUUCUCCCGGUGCUCCGGCUGGUGCCCUCUUUCCGAGGUGCAGGUCCUGUCGGCCCUGGGAAUGGGGCACUUGAACGAGGGAGAAGCGGUCCUGGAAGGAAUGGGAUGCUUCGUGUGUGCUCGUGAAUAAAACGUGUGUUGAAAGUG